CGCCGGUUUGCCUAACAGCGAAGUGUGAACUUUAUUAGACAAUUUCCAACGAACAAUGCCUUAGUUGACACGAGAGUUUAUUUUGAUUUUUUUCAAAUUCUCUAACUGUUAUUUCUAAGUGUAUAUUAUUGUUUCACAACGGUAACUUGUAUUUAAUUUUCACCGGUCGGUUUUGCAAGUACGCGACUUUAAUCGAGAUGGCAAGUACACAAAACCUAAAUGAAAGUUGGUUGCAAAAUAAAGACAGUAGUAUUAUUAGCGAUAACAUAAAAAAAAACCUGAAACACGGUCGUUCAAAUAAAAAAUAUAACUUUCAUUAUGAUCCUACCGAUGUCAUUGACCAAAACGUACAGGAGUAUAGCGGCAUAGAUAAUAUAAAAAUUUUACUAGCAUAUGUGGAUGAAAGGAAUCUCGGCAAAGUAGAAUUUACUGUUUUUCAAUGUAAAUCACAAGCGAACAUGCCUGCAUAUUAUGCCAAUAUAAAGCUUGGUAUGUCAUCCCUUGCGAGUUCAUUUCCGGAAAAGUAUUCGCUGCCUGAAAUUGCUAAACAAGUAGCAGCACGCAAUGCACUGGGGAUCUUAAAACAAAGAUAUGAUAAUACCGACAUACCCGUAACAAAAGAAAUGUCCAUAGUUAUUGAAAGAUUGGAAAUUGAAUUAAAGAAAAACUAUGCCGGUUUAUUUUGUGACAAAGUAGAAGACAUUUACAAAGAGGUCUACCACGAGUGCCUGCCAGAUAAUUGGUUAAAUCGGCUCCGUAAUUUGAAAAAAGAUAUUUUAGUCGAGGAAUUGCCCAAACAAGAAAAAGCCAUUUUGUAUUAUUCACCGCAUAAUAAUAAUGUUCCAUCUGAGGUUGGUCCUACAGCCAGUGAACGCAAUGCUCCCAUUAUUAAAUUUGUCAACAAAGCAGAAAAACACGUUGUUGUAACGUGUAUCGAUAGUAAUCAAAGAGUUUGGAUACGUUUUAAUCAUGACACGAUUAAUAAUCAAGUAAACGCUUUGUCCAGUACGAUGAAUAUGCCGGGGGAGUCUAGAAGUUUUAUUAAAAUAUCCAAAGUCGACCUUAAUGAAGUGUACGCCGUUCAAUUUGAAGGUAAAUGGCAAAGGUAUCAAGUGAAUAAGAUCGAAGACAAUAUCACUGGAAUUUUUAUUGAUUUGGGAAUUGAGUAUAAUUGUUCAAAUGAAAAUAUUAUGUUCUUGCCUCAAAAGUUCUUAAGUGUGCCCUCUCAGGCUGUCGGUUGUGCCCUUACCAAUAUGUUCUUUGCGCCUUACUUUCCAACCGGCAUGAGAAUCCUUCAGUCAAUGUUGUUGGGCAGAGAAUUUAUAGCUAAGCCCGAUAACAUCGAGAGUGAUAUACAAAUGAUUACAUUAUAUAACGGAAAAACCAACAUUAACAACAAUAUAAUGGAAGUGUUUGUUAACAAAUGCAUAUUUAACAAGAUUGAUGAGUCAAAAUGUCAAGCCCACUUAUCGUUUGUUGCUGACGGCUACAUGUAUUUGCAUCCUGUGAACGAAACGCUGUUGGUGCUCGAAUCCGUGUUGGAUUCGAUAUCUGAGUCACGGCCUCUAGAAAAGUUCUAUUCGAAAAAAAGCAUUUCUCCCAACAAGGUGUAUCUGGUUAAGUGUCUCGAACUGGACACUUGGAGUAGAGCAAUUAUAUCAGAUUUCAUAUUCAUCGAUCAGCAGUUUAAAGUGUACUUCAUUGACUACGGUAACUGUUCCUUGAUCGACCAAGACAAGUUUAUUCCUCUCGAUACGCUCGACCCAAUGUUGGCCGCCAUUCCUCCUCAGGCGUUAAAAGUAAGUUUUCAUUUAUUUCCUCCCGAACAAUUCACUGAAAGCAAAUCUAGAGCAUUGUACGAGAUGGCUGUUGAAAAAUUAUUGGACGUGGUAUUGAUAUCGACAAACAAAGAUGGAGUUCCUAUAGUGGAAAUAUUUGAUGCCGAAGAAGAUCACACAACCCGUAUUUCUUAUAAUACUCAAUUAUAUCAAAGUGUAUGAAUACAAUGUUAAUAUAACAACAAGGACUGAAAUAUUCUACGCCUAAAAAUCCAAAUUUAUUGAAACAAAAGUUUUUAGUUACUAAAAAAAGUAUAUGACUUAUUGAAAUUAUUUUUCUGUUAAA